AUGAAGCCCUUCACACGCUUCUCCAUCGCCACCGCUGUCCUCCUCACGGCCGUCUCUGCACAGGUACAAUACAGCAUCGACCCAAACUCCGUGGACAACAGUACGAGACGUGAGAACAACCACAAGAUCCACACUCACCACAAUCAUACUAACCAUCCUCAUAACAGAAUACUGGUGUCAAGAACAACAGGCCGAAUGCCCCCUGAUCUGCCUCCAAUCCGCUGCCAACUCCGCCUCGACCUCUUCCAACGACUGCGACCCUUCCUCCCUCACCUACGCCUGCGUCUGCAGCAAUGGCCUCUCCCCCAACGUCUCCGAAUACUCCCAAACCCUGCCCUACUACAUCUGCCAAGAAUGGGGAAACCAAUGCGUCUCCAACUGCGGCAUCGGCAACAACGACUGCUCGGAGCAGUGUAGGAGUCAACACCCGUGCGGUGCUCUGAAUCCUACCAGACAAAACACGAGCACCUUGACGAGUACCAUGGCGAAGACGAGUACUGGAGGGGCCGGGAACAAUGCCGCCGUGACGACGGAUAGCAAUGGCCAGACAAUCUAUUCGGGAUUAGGAGGAGGCAGUGCGUCGGGGAGCGGGAGCAAUUCUGGCGCUAGCACGCGGUUCAGGGGUUGGGCUUUGGAUGCUGCUCAGACAUUUGGCAUGGUCGGACUCGUGGGUGCUUUCAUCGGUGGCUUCGCUGUUUUGCUCUAG